AUGCGUAAGGAUCCUACUAGUCCUGCUGCUGAAUCAAUGCCUCUUGAGUUUGAAUCAGCCGAUGUGUAUUUACCAACCUCACCGUGUUCAACUUCAUCACAAACAUCUUCCAAGCCAUCGAAAUUAUUUCAUGAACGUAAUGAUAAAUGCGACGAAGUGUUAGAUAUGAUUGGAAAACGGCUUGAAGGUUAUUCAAUAGUAAUCGUUGAUAAAUUUACUGAUAUUGGAAAAGUAUGGGCAUCAAAAUUGAGGGACCUUCCAACACAACAAGCCAUAUACGCAGAAAAAAUAAUUAACGAUGUCCUGUAUGAAGCGCAAAUGCAAAAUUUGAACCGAAAUUGUGUUUUACAAAUUCCAGAGGAACCAUCAAGGAACAGGCAACUGAUAAGAAAUGCUGAUAUACCACAUAACAUCCCAACCACUUCUGAUAUUUACCCCAGUUUCAACCCUCAACCCCUAUUGAUCCCUCAGCCCCCAGUCAACACUCAGCCACCAUUCCAUCCCCAACCCAUCACUCAGCCUACAUUUAAUACUUAUUCUCGGUUCAACACUGAUCCAUCAUACAACGAUCAAUCUCAGCUCUCUCAUAAUCAGCAAGAACAAUCUGAACAACGUGAACAAUCUGACUAUCCUGACACAAAUAAUAUCGCACAAUACUUUCACAACUUCGACGACUCAGAAGAGAGUGCGAAGCGCAAUUAUGAAAUGAUAUUAAAAUGA